AUGCCUUCGUCUCGCCCUGGGUUCAACCUCAGUAAGGAAAUCACAUCGCUGAUUGACGCGCUUUCAUCCAGCAGGACAACCGUUGUGCAUCUCAAACAACUCAUCGUCGCCAUAAACGCCCAUACCACCGCGCGCAUAUCAAGGACAGGGAAUAAGCAAGAUCUCGUCAACCGGGUCACAGAUGAGCUGGAGUCGCUCGACGAGGAAGAUGAUCUCGACGCUUGGAUCAAAAUUCGGCCAACGGUGGUGGAUUUGCAGAUUGUGAGCACCAUACAGGGCAGCAUAAAGCGCAAACAACGCGUCUCUACGCCUCCCGAACCCUCGACAUCGUCACUCCCCAGCCCGUCCCCUCCCAGAAUACCGACUCCGACUCCGGAACCGGUGGCACGGUCUCCCAGUCCAGAGAAGGAGAAGUUUGAAAACAACUUUUGCUUCGAAACAUCACCCUUCUUCAAGGUUAAAAAAGCUGUAUCUGCAAUGCUUGAAUGCCCUAAUACCUAUGGUAUUGGAGACCCUGUCGAAGCGACUUUGGAUUUCGAGUUGGACGCAGAGGAAGUCUCGAAGCUACAUUCUCCUACCUCCAAUUAUCAACUCGGUCUCUUUUGCACGUCCUCGACGCUGUACUCUCCAUACUCACCCUCACACCCUGCCUUGCCAAUCGAGUUCCCUGCCACUUGUUUAAUUACGGUCAACGGACGACGACUCACCAACACUUAUCUCAAGCGCCGCGGCUUCAAGAACGCAAAAGGGUCAAUCGCUCCCCCCGACCUUUGCGCUGCUGGGUUCUUGCGGAUAGGCAACAAUUCGGUGUCAAUCGAGUAUACCGACAGCAUGCCGAAUCAUUGGGGAAUCGCGACAAAGGACAAGCGCGACAAAUUUUACAUUGUGGUUCAGCUUAUCGAGGCGCAACGUCUCAUGUCUCUGGUCAACACUUUGCGUGAAACACGGUUCGUGCCUGCUGAUGAAAUACGACGACAGAUGGUCGCGUCCAUGGCUACCAACGCCGACGAAGACAUUAUCUCCAGCUCGUUCAAGCUCCCUUUGAAGUGCCCUAUUAGCUCUGCCCGCAUUAUCGUGCCCUGUCGAUCAGCCAAAUGUGCGCAUUCGCAGUGCUUUGAUGCAGGGUCGUGGUAUGCGCUCAUGGAGCAGACAACUACUUGGUUUUGUCCAAUAUGUCAGAAAAUUCUCGAUUGGCGAGAGCUCAUUGUCGACGGACUAUUCGCCGAGAUUCUGCAGCAGGCUCCGCAGGGCGUGGAUGAUGUCGUGUUGGAGGCGGAUGGAAGCUGGCGACCCUAUGAGGGGAGAUUCACAUUGCCAUCACGAUAG